CCAGGCGCCCCAGGGUAUUCUUGUUAUAUCCCCUCCUCCCCAUAUGCCGCGUUCAACAGGGCCUCGGCUGCCCACUUCCCUCUCCUCUACCCUCCCCGCAGCCCCCGCUUUAGCUCUUACUUGCCAUAGAGCAAUAUAGCAGGAGGUCCUCUAAGGCUUCCACCCAAGCAUCAGCUCCUGGGGUGUCUUGCAGAGUGGGCAGUGACUAGAGCCAUCACCUGCCACCCCCCGUAGGAGGCUGUGGUCCUUGGAAGGAUCAGAAGAGGGGUGGUGUAAAAUGUCUGAAUCCCAAACCUACCUCAAAAUCUUAGGACGGAAGAGGCAGAGGCUAUCUCCACCACAGAGUCUGCACCUCUGGUCAGAGCCUUCAGCUGGCGCACGGUGGCAUUUUUGGACAGUGGUGCUGAGAAGGGGCUGAGGGUAGUGAGAGGUUUCUUCCCAGGUUCUCCUUCGGUGGCCCCUUGGCGGGAACUCUCUGGUGGUGUGGUCUAUGCACAGGGAUCCAUCCAAAAGCUCACUUAUCUGAAGACCCUUCCUGUCACCCUAAACGCGGAGAGAACCUGAAACUCCAGCUCUUCUGAAAUCAGCACAGCCCAGUGCUUGGUGGCCCUGACAGCUAGGCGGGCUUGGGAAAAAGUAUGGAACCAUUGUUGGGGGGAACACAGGUGCUGGACGCCUAGAGUGGGAAGUGGCGGAAACAGAAGGUGGCGCGCCUGUCAGGGCCGUCCCCAAAUCGGCAGGACUGCGGACCCCCCCUACCAGCAGGAUCGCUUCCCGAGGCAGUUCCACUCACACUGGCCUCACUUGGCCGCUCCCUUGGCAGUCAGCUCAGAUCCGAGGAGACGCCCACGCACUCCCCGCCUCCGCAAUCCCAGCCCAAGGGCUUGGGGUGGGGUGGAGGCCCGGUCUCCCAGACUUCCCAAUCAGAUUCCACUCCCACGGCCCGACGUCCAGCGCCGGGGGCGCGCGAGGGUUAACCCCGCGGGGGUGGGGACUCUGGAGCGGUCUGCAGAGGGAGGGAGGGAGGGAGGGGGCAGGAGGCGUUUGGAGGCGUGGGGAGCCGGCCGGGGUCGAGCCUGCGAGGAGGCCGCUGGAACCUCCGGGCAGCCAGUGCCGCAUACCCCGCGCGCAGCGAGGGGACACCGCAGACCCCCUGCCCCAGACUUCCAAGUCCGGAGCAGGGGCGAGACGCUGGGCAUCAAGACGGGUGGCAGCCUGUCAGGACGCUGCCCCCCUCCCCGGAGACCGCCACCUCCACCCCGCCUCUGCUGAGUCUCAGCCCCGAUUGCCUUUGGCCGGGGAUGAAGCCCGGAGGCGGUGGCCCCACGGCGGCCCCGGAGUCCGAGCCGGCGGACAGGCCGCUGGUUCUGCCGCGGCCCGGGGCCUGUCCCGCUGACGUGCGGCUCUGCGGCCACCUGCGGAAGCAGAAGUCGCAGCGCCGCCGCUUCUUCGUGCUCCGCGCCGACCCGCCGCGCCUCGAGUGCUACGAGAGCGAGAAGAAGUUCCGCGCGGGCCGAGCGCCGCCCAAGCUCUGCGUGAGCCUGGCGGGCGCGUGCACCAUCAGCAAACGCGUGGACGCGCGCCAGCGCCACCUGAUCGUCCUCUACACGCGCGACCGCAGCCUGGGCGUGGCGGCGGCCUGCGAGGCGGAGCAGCAGGCGUGGUACGGCGCCCUGCUGGAGGCGCGCGCGGCCGCGGGUCCCAGCCUCCACGAGGACCCAGGCGCCUGGAUUCUCGCUCCAUUUCAGGACGUCUGGCCCGUGACGCUGCGGCCCAAGGGACUGGGGCGAACACGAGGCCUGGGCAGCGGCCGCUACCGCCUGUGCCUGGGUUCAGGGGUGCUGAGCCUGCUGCGGAAGCCCAAGGGCAGAGGCUCUGGAGACACCCAGGCUUCGCCUCCGCCGCCCGCCCUGCGCCUGUCCCUGUUCAGUGUGCGCCGCUGCGGCCACGCAGACUCCUUCUUCUUCCUGGAGCUCGGCCGCUCGGCACCCACGGGUCCCGGGGAGCUGUGGCUACAGGCGCCCGACGCCCUGGUGGCCCAAAGCAUCCACGAGACUGUACUGGCCGCCAUGAAGCGACUCGGGGAGGGCGGUGCCACCGGCAGGGCUGAGCCACUGCCAAGGGAUCCCCCGACCGGCGCUUACAGACCCUCUGCCUCCCAAUCUUCUCCGACCCUGGCCUCGACGGCCCAGUCAAGCGGCGGGAGCCCUCGCGGGGGCCUCAGGGAGAGAAGCAGGAAAACCACCCUCCAGACGCUGGCAACGGCAGCCUCGCACCCCAAGGACUUGGAGCUGGGAGGGGGCUACAUAGCCAUGGGAGCCGGAAGCGACUAUGAGCCCAUGGGGGGUGGCGAAGCGGGUGGCUACAUGGUGAUGGCACCCCCUGGCCUUGUGGCCUCUGCCCACGCAACCCCCAAAGACCAACUCCAAGUUUGCAGAGGCACCGAAUACGUGCCCAUGAGCCGCUUUCUGCCACGGUCCUUGUUCUCCAGCUCCCUGCCCGGUUCCUAUGAGCUCGGGGCUGGGGAGUCUGGACCUUCCUUCCAAGGACCCCGUUGCAGCAUGGGGGAAUGUUGGGGACCAGCAGGGGCUCACCCCUCCUUGCAGCCACCCUCAGAGCUAGCAGGGGAGUACGUGUGCAUCAAGUACGUGGCCCCUGACUACUUAGGAAUGGGCACUGCCACACAAGAACCCCCCAACGGCCGCCUCAACUACGCUGACCUGGACCUGAUCCCUUCACUGGAGGUUCGAGGCGACAGCAGGAACCCACAACACAGCUAUGCCCGCAUCAACUUCCAGAACCUCAGGGAGGCUCCGGUGAGAUGUGGGCAGCUCCGCGCUGUCUAGCUGAGGGAUGGAUGGGGAGGAAGGGAGAGAACAGGGCAAAGUUAUGAAUGCCUCCCUGCCUGCUCCCCUCAACCCCUCUCGAACUGUUCCCAAAACAGAGGGGCUCUCAGGCCCCCUAGGACCUGCAGCUUGCAGCAGCUCUGAGCGGUCCCUCAGGUCCUGCUGUCCAUCCGUCUCUUCCAGAUGUGGUACCUGGGAAACCUUCAGGAAAGGCUCCCCAAGAAGCUGGAUUCUUUUAAGGGAUAAAAUUCUAGAACCACCCUCCCCACUUCCUACCCACAAACCCCUAGGAACUCCUGGCUUUCUCACCCGAAGCCCUGAUCCUUUCCUUCCUGGCAGAGUUCCUGCAGCAUCGCUCCAGAGUUUCAAGUCAGCCCUGGCCCCCAAUCCUGCCCCCCAUGACUGGUCCCACAAGGACCUGCUCCUCCCCACCCCGCACCUGCAGGGCCUGCCUUGUAUCUCCUCGCAGCCAAAGAACCAGUCCCGGCCCCAGGGCCGCAGAGCAAGAGGGCUGAAGCACCAGGUAUCUUAUCUCUACUAUUCCUGAAAGCGCUGUGCUGCUCCCUUCCUCCCUAAUUUCCCUCUUCCAGUGACAACACAAUCACAAUACAACACAAGUGUUCGCACAAUCCUCCCUUCUCUGGAGCCCGGUGGACCUGAGGGCCUUCUUGCUUCCAUAUCCUUGUCUUCUGUAUACUGUACUGUGGACCCCCCACACCCUAUGCCCUAUACCCUAUUAAAGUGGUCCUGCUUGGUCAGCCUC